AUGAACCAGAUCACCGAUUUCCUCGCCACCAUUGGCGAAGAAGUCAUUGACGUGGAUGAGGAAUCCUUCCUCCUAUUCGCGCAAGACAUCCCAACCAACAAUCUGGGCAUGCUCGAUGCCCGCGCGCCAUCAGUAGAGGUCACGAUCAACGGCAACGACUACACCAUCCACCAGUCCCCAUCAUUACUCUCCUCCCAUCGAGCCGGAGGAACGACAGGCGCCGUCCUAUGGAAAAUCACCCCCAUCUUCGCAGAAUGGAUCUCAAGCCCCUCCAACCCCCUCUGGACCCAUACCCUCCUCACCCACACCUCAACCGUAGCAGAGCUAGGCACCGGUAUAUCAGCCCUAGUCGCCCUAUCACUAGCGCCCAGCGUACAGCACUACAUCGCCACAGACCAAGAAUACGUGCGCAAACUAUUCCGCACCAAUCUUGACGCCAACGUCUCGACGACUACCAGCAAAUCAAAGAGCAAAAGCAAGGGUUCCAAACCAAAGUCAAAGGUGUCGGCGUCGGCGACUCCAAGCGCAAUCAAUAAUGUCUCCUUCACGACUCUGGACUGGGAAACGGACCAGGCCGCCUCGCUGAAAGAAUGCAUCGAUGCGGACGGUGCCGAAGACGAGGAAGAUAGAGGCUUUGAUCUGCUUCUCUCGUGCGAUUGUGUCUAUAACGAAGCGCUUGUUGCGCCGUUUGUACGGACUUGCGCGGAGAUUUGUCGGCUGAGGCCGGUUUAUGUAGAUGGUGCUCAGGAAGGGCGGAGGCCGACGGUUUGUAUUAUUGCGCAGCAGCAAAGAUCGCCGGAUGUGUUUGAGGCUUGGUUGAGGGAGGCGAUGAGAGAGUUUCGGGUUUGGAGGGUGAGUGAUGAGGUUCUGGGGAAGGGGUUGGGGGGUGGUUCUGGGUAUUUGGUGCAUUUGUUGUUGGCGAAGGAGUAA